CGUCAAGAGAAGGUUGUUUCCCGUGGUAGUCGCCGGUCGAAGGGUCCGGCAGGCGAGAAGGGUGGGAAACAUCCGUCCUGGAGUGUUGAGGAGAUGCUCAAGCUCGCCUGGGCGAAGAGGGAUCAGCAAGCUCAUUUCGAGGGCAUGCCCCACAACUUCGCAACAGGGAAUGGAAGAUGCAGGACUUGCAAAAGCGUUGCUGGAGGUGGGGGUGAUCAGGACGACUGACGACAUCAGUAAGAAGUGGGACAACCUCUUCCAGCAGUACAAAAACGUGCAACGGUAUCAGAAUGCCUCUGAGGGGAAGAACUUCUUCAACCUCACACCUGCAUUGAGAACGGAAGAAGGCUUCAACUUCAUAAUGGAGGAGCGUGUAUACGAUGAGAUAGACGCCAUGUCAAAGGGCAACAAGACCAUCUACCCGGACAACGUCGCCGACACAAGUGCCCGUGGAGGAAUGGAGAUGCCACGUUCCCCAUCCGUUGCUGGAGAAUCCGCCGCCGGGGGUGAUGGGAACGAUGACGAUGGAGGGUCGGCGCGAGAGUCCGGCUUCAGUGCAGGCAGCACGGGAGGGAAGUGCAAGAAGAAUAACAUGCGUCAACAAACAUUCGACGUCAUUGCUGAAGUAAAGGAGAAACACGGCGCAUUGAUGCCUGACACCAUCGAGGGGGCCAGCAAGCGACAGUGCUGCCUUCUGGAGCAGCACGGCGACAGUGGUGGCCACAACUACACUCUCCAAACAUUUGUCCAACCCGUACCUCGUCAUGUCGAUCCGUCGAAUACAAUAGCUAGGUUAGUGGGCAGGGUACUUCCACUGGCAAACGUGGCAAGCGCGGCUGUCCACGGCGCCACCAGCACUGGGGGGAAGAGGCGAGAAGAUGGGACGUGUGAGGAGGCAGGAAGAAAAGAGGAGAUGAUGGAGCGUACUCCUCUGGCUGUCGAUAACGAUGACGGGUCCCUCGCGAAGAGGAAGAAAAGAUCGCAACAGGAGGAGGACUUGGGCACAAAGUCUAAGUUGUGGACAGACGGAAACACAUUCUGGGGGAUCAGACCUGGUCGCCUCAUCACCGACGUUGUGCACUCUUGCGCAGACUACUACUGCGCAAUCGUCAAUGGUGACGCUGGCGCUAGCACUUCUGCAGGCCCGAUCAUGCCAACAAACUACGUCCCCCGCUUCCGGAUCGAAAACGGAACGCAAGGGGAGCCAACUCUUCGCAGGGCGAGGAACACGGAGAACGUACCAUACGUCACAGUGUGGGUGGAAUGGUACAGGGUGGGGAGGAAGGGAGAAAUGGUUGGCAGUGGAGCGUCUUUCGAACGGAUUGACAAAGCAAUUCUGCACAGGAUCCGCACGCUGGGGGAAGGGGAUGACCGUAGAGCAUACAGGCCGGACACUCCAAUAUCACAACUCCCCCUGGACCCCGCGGAAUGGCAAUGACACUCUUCACAAAAGACAAAUCGAAUAAACAACAGACAGACAACUAUUAUCAGAACUGUUAACAACCUAUCAGUAAAAGCCACAUACAAGA